AUGCAUCGUUACAAGUUAGGUGACCUUGUAAUGAUCGCAACAGACGAUUAUUGGAGGAGAGCUACCUUUCCAGUGGAGAUGCUACCAGAUGACAUUUGGCUGGAGAUUUUUACAUUCCUUUCUCAGAAAGAUCUUCUCAGAGUUUCAUCCGUUUGUCGAGCGUGGUAUCGCCUGUCACAUGAUAGUUCGCUUUGGUCGAGUCUAGAUCUUGAACCAUUCUACAAAUCAUUACAAGGGGAAACAAUACUGAGGUUGAUAAAUACUUUAUUUGCACCAAGUGGAAAGCAUCUUGUUCUUAAUAAGAAUCUUGUAACUUCCGAGAUGUUGCAAAGUUUGUUCACAAAUUGUCGCAGAUUAAAAAGUUUAAGUCUGAACGACUGCAGGUUCCAUUCCGCUGGACCUUGGUAUGAGCUGACGUGUGAUCAGGUGGAGACGCUAAUUUUUUUAGACUUGAGGAACGCCAGCGGAUUCGCUGCAGGAGUAGAGGAUAUCUUGAUACAAGCAUACAAUCUCAAAUACUUAGGUCUUCAUUGUUGUAUCAGUCCUCGAUUGCUGAUCAGGAUGUUUAUAACAAAGCACAACCUAUGCAUAAUUGACUGUACACAAUGUGAUUGGGUCACAGACGACAGUAUUCAAACCAUUGCAGAGAACUCUUUCUUUUUGGAGGCAAUGUGUGUCGCAAAGUGCCGCAAUUUACAAGGAAGAACGCUUAACAUAUUAUUGGAAAAAUGUCCGCGUUUAAAAACGCUCAUUUUAGAAGGAACACAGAUAAUAGAUGAGUAUAUCAGACUGGUGGACUGGAGUCAAACAAACAUAACCGAGUUGAAUGUACUUCGUUGUUACCGCUUGUCAUUUUCAGGGCUGUCAGAAAUUCUCCCCAAUCUAAAGCGCUUGCGCUACCUUAAGUGCGCGCUGACCGACGAAGUCCUAAAGCUCAUAGCGAACGGUUAUCCUUUAUUGGAAGUUCUAUUCCUUCAUCGGCGCUACCCAGUGACAGUACAGUGCGUCAGCGAUUUACUGUUUCAUUGUCCAACUUUGACCUGUCUUGAUCUCUCAUCCAUUCCUUUGGCUUUUAUAUUCUUCGAGAGCUUUCUUCCCAGCAUGCCUCGGCUUCGAAUGUUGAGUUUUGCUGGCAACGAGCUUCUGGGUACUGAAAAAAUUAUUCGUUCGCUGGCUAGAAACUGCCCAGAUUUGGAAGUUACAUGUGUCAACUAUUUCCAUUCAACUAACAAUUUCGAAAUUGAACGUGCCUUUGUGUAUUUGUUACAGAGGUGUAGGAAGUUCAAAAAGCUCAUUUUAAAUGGUCUAUUUGUUAACAAUUUGAUCUUAUCCAUCAGAAGUUUGGCAUAUUAUGUGUGCAACAGGGAAGAUGUAUCAAUAUUAGAAAAUAAGCACUUUUUUCUUCCCGGGCCCCGAAAUUGCUUAGAUAAUGUUAAAAAUGGCAACCAUUGGUACUAAUAUACCAUUUAGAAACAAUAGCCAUUUGCUGGUGAAGAGUGCGUGGAAACAAUCCUUAAUUUUAUGGAUUUUUGUUGUGGCAAAGAAUAGGUAUUUAAAAAGUGAUUUUCGUGAGUUCCAUCACUUAGAGGGUCGAUUAUCGAUUCUUGGAGAUAACUGAUUUGAGUUAUUGUGCUGGCGAUAAUCAGAAUGGAAUCCUUACUUUGGUAUGUAUAUGUAUAUUGCCUUUUUUCAGAUUGUGUGAUUUUCUUUGGG